UUUGCUAUGGUCGUCUGCAGUCUGCACUUCAGGUUAUUUGUGCGCCUGCAGAGAGUAUAAUAUAUAAAUAUAUUUGAAGGAUAUAGAAUUGGUUUUUCAUUAACAUAAAAACACCAGAAUGUCUCUCGUUGAUGACAGUGAAAUCGAGUUCGUGAAAAUUAAGAACCUGGAUGUGAACCAGGCGCGCAUCCUGUGCUGUGAGUGUGCGACCCCGAUCGAGCCGAACCCCACAAACACGUGCAUAGGCUGCCUGCGAACGCGGGUCGACAUCACCGAGGGUAUCCCUAAGCAAGCGGUCCUUUAUUUCUGUCGAGGAUGCGAGCGCUACCUUCAGCCACCUGGUGAGUGGGUCAAGGCCGGACUGGAGUCACGCGAGCUACUCAGCCUUUGUCUGAAAAAGCUGAAAGGCCUCAAUAGGGUCAAGCUCGUCGACGCGGGUUUCGUCUGGACGGAGCCCCACUCUAAGCGCAUCAAGCUCAAGCUCACCGUUCACGCCGAAAUAAUGACAGGCACGCAGCUGGAACAGGUCUUCAUCGUCGAGUACACCAUUGGCCACCAGAUGUGCGAUGACUGCCAUCGUACAGAGGCCAAGGAUUACUGGAGCGCCUCUGUCCAAGUGCGUCAAAAGGCCAUCAACAAGAAGACCUUUUACUAUCUAGAGCAGCUGAUACUCAAGCACAGGGCCCACGAGAACACCGUUGCCAUCAAGCCCAUACAUGACGGCCUCGACUUUUUCUAUGCUAACGAGUCGCAGGCACGAAAGAUGCUCGACUUUGUCAUUUCCGUAUUACCAUGUCGCUACCAGCACUCCAAAAAACUCAUAUCUCACGACAUACACAGCAACAUCUACAACUACAAGUUUACCUUUAGCGUCGAGAUCGUUCCCAUCUCUAAGGACAGUAUCGUGUGCCUUCCCAAAAAAUUGACCCACCAAUUAGGGGGUAUGAGCGCGCUCUCGGUCGUCUACAAAGUCACCAGUGGUAUACACAUGAUCGACGUGUCCUCCGGACAAAUAGCCGAGCUGAGCGCCAACAUCUUCUGGAGGUACCCAUUCAACAGUAUCUGCAAUCCAAAGCAGUUAAAAGAGUUCACUGUCAUAGACAUAGAGCCCAUCAAGGAAAAAGACAAGAAGAGGUUUCCUGGGCAGGGUUACAUAUCACACAAGCACGUAAUUGCAGAUGUCUGGAUUGUUAAAACAGAGGACUUGGGGCUUGAUCAAAACACAAUUCAUACUCGAACGCAUCUAGGUGGUAUCCUCAAACCAGGCGACUCCGUUCUUGGUUACUUGCUUUCUGAAAUCAACGUUAAUGAUGAUAAUUUUGAAAAGUUGGACUCACAAGUAGUUCCAGAUGUCAUACUGAUUAAAAAGUUCUAUGGCCAUGACAGAUCAGCCAGACGCAGAGCAAGGAUCUGGAAACUGAAACACCUUGCUGAAGAUGUUGAUAUGGGUUCCGAGAACAACGACUACAACGAAUUUUUGGAUGAACUGGAAGAAGAUCCUGAGAUGAGAGCCAAUGUUAAUAUUUUCCGAGAUAAAAGUAAACAGGUUCCAGUUGAUGCAAGUUGCAUCGAUCCCACAAUGCCACAGAUAACGUUGGAAGAAAUGCUCGACGAUCUUUUGAUCGAAGACGCAGAAAUGACUGAUGCUUAAAAAAAAUUAUUGUUGGCCUCUGUACCAUUGAUAAACUAUUUUUAU